AUGAUAUAUUUGCCUGGACCUCUGAUGACCUUGUCUGCUCUUCAACAGAUUGCUUUUAAAUCUUUAAAGACUAAGCUUUUCUCUUCUCCAAUUUUGGCUUUUCCUAAUUUCAUCAAGAAACUUUUAUUGUUAACCAAUAUUUUUGGUUAUGCAUUGGGUGCUAUUUUGUCCCAAUUAGAUAAGGGCUAUCACAAAAGAGUUAUAGCUUAUGAUAACUAUACCCCAUUACUAGCUAAAAAAUUAUUUGACUACUAA